AUGUCGGAUAUUGUUUCUCCCGCUAUCCGCACAGUUUUCACCGACAUUACGGGCGCAAUGCUUAGUUAUCAGAUGUUAGGGCGUUGUGCAAAGCAAGAGAUGGAUAUGAUGAAUUGUAUGGAGGCAUACGGAUAUGGCCGAGGUUUGCGUAAAUGCAAGGAUUAUAUAGACGAGUAUCAUGAGUGCCAUACGAGAAAGAAACAAUUUGCGAGAUUUGUGGCCAUGCGUAAGGAGCGAGAAAGACAAAUAGCUUGCGGCCAGCUGACUGGAGACAAACGAUAUGUAACACCAAGAAUCGACAGUUAUUGA